CCCAAAAAAAAAAAACAAUUUCUGCAGAUUAAUUUUUCUCCCAAACCCCAGUUUCGUAUGGACGCCAACCUCGCUCACCCUCUCAUCUUAACUGCGUCGAUCUCCUCACUGGAGGUAACGUAAUCCGGCCACCCAGUUCAUAUCGCCGCACCUCACUGAAGUGAAGACUCUCCACACAGCAGUGAACAUCGCCAUCCAGAGUUUUAACAACGCUUACGCCGACAUACACGAUGGAUAGGUCACCUAGGUUUAUUUCUGACAAAGAGCUCCGCCAGCAGGAAAUCGACGUCAUCGAACAGCAGGAGAUAAUUAGAAUUUCUGAGGUAGGCGAAUACAGCAGCGCCAAUUACCCGGAGCGGAAACGUGAGUUCCCCGAGGAGGAACGCAACAUCAUAAAGGAGCGGUUAAGGAUAUAUGCGGGGGAAGCCAAAAAGUUACACGAAGAAGCCGAGCGUGGAAGCACUAGCUGCAUCUACAGAGUCCUCCCGAGGCUCAAGGAAAUCAAUGGCAACCGACCGUACGAGCCCAACAUGGUCUGCAUCGGGCCCUACUACUACCACAAACGGCAUGAAGAAAAGUUCCAUAUGGCCGAAGAUUGCAAGAGGAAGUGCAUCGGCUCCUUGCUGGUCAAGACAACAGAUGAAGAAGAGCAAAUCGAUACCUAUAUGAGCUGGCUGCAAAGAAUAAGCGAACUUGAAGAGGAGAUCAGAAAGUGUUAUUCUGAAGAGUUCGAAGUCGCCGGUACUGAAUUUAUCGAAAUGAUGGUUGUUGAUGCUUGUUUUAUAAUAGAAAUAAUUGAAAUGUUUGGAUAUGGGAGAGAAGUUAACUUCGGAGAAUCUCUUGCAGCCCUGGGGUGGAUGGUACCGUAUUUCCACAGGGACUUUCUAUUGCUUGAGAAUCAGAUCCCCUUUUUUGUUUUGGUAGAGAUAUGUAAGCUUACCCGUAAUAAUAUUCCUGCCGGGCACCAUAGAUCUUAUGUGAUAUAUCCUGCUUUGCAAUUCUUUAUGAACGGAAUGAAAAGAUUUGAUUCAGACAUUUUUGAUUUCAUUUUAAAGAGCGCGAAGACAAUGGAUCACAGCCCGCCCUUGCACUUGCUGGACUUGGUUCGGAGAUGUUUAAUCAGGCCAGUAGCUACGCGAAUGGGAGAAUUAGAAUCAUCUGUAAAGACUCCAUUCAUUCACUGCAUCUCGAAGCUCCGGCAAGCCGGGAUUAAGGUUAGUCCGGGCAAGGGGCUCAGCUGCUUCCUAGAGGUGGAAUUCAAGAAAGGUGUGAUUGAGAUGCCAAACAUAGCCAUCGAUGACUUGAUGAGAUGUCUGUUGCUCAACUGUGUGGCGUUCGAGCAGUGCGACCAAAGAAUUAGCAGCAAGUACUUCACGGCUUACACUACUUUUUUGGACUGCCUAGUGAACACCGAAGAGGACGUCGAGUACCUUCGCGAGCACAAUGUCAUUGACAAUUACCUUUCCGACGACACCGAGCUUGCGGGCUUCAUUAACUGUGCGGGCAAGGAUUUGGUACUCAAUGGUGAUCACGGCUUCUAUUUGGGGAAAUUGUUUGAGAAUGUGAACAAUCAUUAUCGAAAUAGGUGGAAGUGGAAGCUGGCGAGCUUCGAGCGGGAGUAUUUUGACAAGCCCUGGUUGCUUCUUUCGGCAGCAGGUGGCAUUUUGCUCAUUCUGGCAACGUCAUUCCAGGCCGUAAUGGCCUUCUUAACUUACAAGUAUAAAAAGUGCUAGCCUAGCUAUGUACCAAGGUAAUUAAUUAAUUAGGUUAUAAUUAUUUCUCUCGAGUACGUAUUAUGAUCACCCGAUCUCAUGGUUUUAGAAAGUUUGAUCAAUCGCUACUUUUGGAUCUGAUAUCAGUCGACUUUGGUUUGAUGUGGUGUUUAGCUUGUAUUAUUUUUAUAUGAAAUUAUUAUUUAGUUUUUCUU